AGGGGAAACUAAACGCGUGUCUUCGGUUUUGGUUUUAGUUUCGUGGCAGUCGCUGCCGACGACGACGCCGACCACGACCACGAAGACGACGACGACGACGAACUCGGGCUCUCAGUACCGAAUUGCACCCCGAUCGCGCGAAUGCGACACGUGACGACGCGACUCGCUGCAUUACUCUGGCGUCAUCUCUUCCCGAUUAAAUUGACGUCGCGCGGGAGCACGAGUGACUUCGAGGGUGCGCGUUUCCUAUGUGUAUCUGUGCGCGAGUGUGUCUGUGCGCGAGGGUUGCACCGGGGGGUUUGCGGAUUUAUUCGUCUCGGAUCUCGGAGCAUCGGCGGCGCUCCGAUUCCCCCUUCGACUAGCCUGAAUCAAUUUCCGUGUAAGGAGCAUCGUGUAUUCGUGGUAUAAAGUAAAGAUCUCUGAAGAACUUUGAGAGCGCCUCCUCUGAACCUCACCUUUGAUUUAUUCGAUCGGAGGCUUAUCACUCACCUCACUAUCGGCGUGUAAUCCUCGAAAGGAUUCAUCGAAUUAAUCGACACCCCGGUAAACGAGACACCGGUCGGCCGGCUCCUUAAGAAAGAAGAAUGCUCACACGAGUGAUCGUCGUCAUAGCCAUCAUCAUCAUCGGCGAAGAAGUUGUGUAAGUGAGGCGCGCACGCGCGCGCGACGGUGGCACUUGACCGCGUCUCCAAAUUAAACGAAGCGCCGCGCAAAAAAGAAGGACCACCUAGCGAGACUAACAUUAGCGGGCGGACGAGGGGAUCUGUGGUAAAAAGUGGCGUGCAAAAGGCACGCGCGAGACGCAGGAUCUAAGUCGAAAUUCCACGAGAGGGUGGCGAAGGAGGAGGCUCGGGGAGAAGCCAAAGCGGACGAAGAGGACGACGACCAAGGGUCGAAAGCCGGCGAAAGUUUCGACCCGUGGAAGCCGCGGAGAUAAAGAGAGGGAAGACACAGAGGACGCGGGAGGAGGCGCGAAGAAAGCAAGAGGAAAAAAACGUCUGGUUUUGUUAAUCAAAGGGUUUGCAAGACGACGCGCGCGGCCUAAUAACGAGCGGGGGAGCAGGAAGAAGGACGGGCGUGAAAAGGACUUUGCGGAGGACCCGCAGUUGUCGAUUGUGGAUUCGCUGGCGACUUUUCGCGAAGAAUCCACAGCUGAAUACGACGAUAAGGAGCGAGCGGGGCCUUUCUUCAUUCUCGAGGCAGAACGAAGGCGAAAGGAGCAAUGAAUAUCUCGCGAAACCGUCGUUGAAUGUAAAUACGCACGGUAGGAGGCUGAGAAUUCCAAUAAGCCGGCAGCGUUAUUCUCCCGUGGCGAUUAAACAUUUACAAGCGCCGAACGCGCAAACGUGGAAAAUACGGCGAGCAGAAACGUCGGUUUAAUUCCAAUUAUCGCGUUCGCGCGGGAAUAGAAUAGCAAAAGCUGUGCGGAACGGAGAAACCUCUCUCGUACUUUCUUUCUCUUUUUUUCUCUCGCGUGCGCGAGAGGGGAUCGUUCUUAUUGGAGGAAACGGAGAGUCGUCUUCGUGAGAUUCGUUGCGAUCACAGAUCGCGCAGUCACUGCAAGCAAUAUACGCAGAAUAAUCGCUUCUCGUUGAUCAGGGAUAUCGAGAAUUGACGGGAAGUGCACGCACGAAAGCGACGUUACACGAGGAACGCCGAGAAACGAUCGGAUCGAGAAUGCCUCGUUGUUCCGGAUCGUUCAAGUGGUCGCGAUCCGUCAUCGAGCAAGUCGCGCUGCCGAAGUCGUCCUGGGAUUGGAAUCUACGGCUACGUUGGAAGGACCGUCCUUAAAUUAAGUUCACCACGCUUAACCGCGAGAAUCCGCAGCCGAGAUCGAAUGCUGCUCGCCGCGACGGUAGAGCGGAUUCGUGUUGUGCGCGGCCAGCGCGAUACGUGAGCGUCGAUUCUCGAUACAGGACGGGUAUCGAGAUGCACCGUGUGUCGGGAUACGCGCUCCUCACGAGUCUGCUGAUGGUGCUGAGGACCCACCGGACGGGCGCAGCCGCGGAGGAGCCGUCAUCGGAAUAUCAGAACAAAGUACCCGUGAGAUUGGUCUGGGCGGUCGAGGGUGAGAACGUGGAGCUGCCAUGCGACAUCACGCCGCCGACACCCUCGGAUUCGGUCAACAUGGUGCUCUGGUUCAAGGACGAAGUCGGUAUACCGCUCUACAGCCUGGAUGCGAGAAACGGCAACCUGACCGCCGCCGUUCACUGGGCGGUUAGCGACGAUCUCGGCAAACGGACGUACUUCCAGAUCGGCGACGGUCACCGAGCGAAGCUGAAAGUCACCAAAGUGACGUUCAAUGAUCAGGGGGUGUUCAGAUGUAGGGUGGACUUUAUAAACUCGCCGACGCGGAAUUUUCGCGUCAACCUGACUCUAGUUGAGGAGCCAACUAGACCUGUGAUAUACGACGGGACGGGACGGGAGGUGACGGGAGUGGCAGGCCCUUUCCUGGAGGGUUAUAACCUCGUUCUGACCUGUCAAGUGUCCGGAGGUAAACCCAAGCCUUCGGUGACGUGGUGGAAGGACGGCCAGUUGCUGGACGGCGUGGUCGAUACCGCGUCUAUCGGCUCGUCGAGUAGAUUUACGGUGAACCACCUGUUCGUCGACAAGGUCACCAGGUCGCUGUGGGGAACGAAACUCGAGUGUCGGGCUCAGUCUGGACCGAUAGGAAAAACUACCGUCCGCGAGGUGCCUCUCGAAAUAUAUCUUAAACCGGCGACGGUGAAGAUCGUUAUGACCGACAGUCAGAUCUUCGCUGGCCGUCCGAUCGCCGCCAAAUGCGAAACUUGGGGUAGCUCUCCAGCGGCCAGGAUUAUCUGGAGGCUGGGCGAACAAGUGAUCGGCGACCCGAACGUGUCCACUACACAGAGAAGCAAUAUGACGGUGAGCAGGUUGGCCUUAGUACUCGGCAAAGAAGACGACGAGAAGGAAUUGAUCUGUCGAGCCGAGAAUCCGAGAUUUCCCGGGGGGGCGCUCGAAGAGGUCAAAACGCUCCGCGUUCUUUAUGCUCCGGUAGUCGUCGCCCAUUUGGCCACUGGCUACGUCUUGGAAACAUUGAGAGAGGGCGACGAUCUCAAGCUAGUCUGCAACGUUCAAAGCAACCCGCCAGCGAUGCGAGUGAUCUGGUACCGCGACGACGAGCAACUGGAGCACGACGUGAGCGCUGGGAUUCUGCUGGCCUCCAAAUCGCUGACCAUCCGGGAACUCACGCUCGCGCACACCGGCGAGUACUCCUGCUUGGCUGCGAACGCCGUGAGCGAGACUCACAGCCCGCCGCUUCUUAUUCAAAUCAAAUACGCGCCGCGAUGCAGAGAGGGAAACGAGAGGCGGGAGAUUACCGUGGCUCUUCACGAAACCGUGACGCUGAGGUGCGAAGUGGAAGCGGUACCGGACGAUCAAGUGCGGUUUUCGUGGACGUACAACGGCACACGCGGCGACGUUUUGCCUAUGACGAGUUCGAGGGCCGAGAAUAAAGGGCUCGUGAGCGUGUUGAAGUACACACCCAGUGCCGACACCGAUUACGGCACGCUGGCGUGCUGGGCGAUCAACAGUAUCGGACGACAGAGGACACCCUGUAUAUUCAACAUAGUACUAGCUAAACCGCCGCAACCGCCGAUGGACUGUUCGUUGAACAACGAAAGUAACUCGCUGGAGGUUAAUUGCGUCCCAGGAUCGGACGGCGGGUCGCCGCAGCACUUUUUACUGGAAGUUCGAGGUUCCCCGAGGAAUGUCGGCCAAAUUGGCUUCCACACCCUUCAGACACCUCAGAGCGAUCAAGGCUUGGUUGGGGACUCGCCGCCCAUCUAUCAGGAUAUGAAUCCGAGCUUCCCAAACUUCCAGCUGCACGAUCUCGUGCCGGGAUACGACUAUACGGUGUACAUUUACGCGGUAAACGGACGCGGCAGGAGCGAGCCCGUCCUCCUGGAGCACAUCAGGGUUGCGGAGCCCAUAGGUAGUAAAGUGGAAAGGAGUGGGAUAUUUUUGGAGGAUCUGAAAAAGGCGUUGCCGCGAGCCAGCUCUGAGAACAUGAUCAUCGCGAUCGCAUUGACAGGCGUGGCAGCGUUGAUCCUCAUCGGCAUCGGGGUGAUCAUCGGCCUGGCGAUCUGUAGGAAGCGAUCGGGCGUGCCCGUCUUAGAGGGUCCGGACGAUUUCACCACGCCGACCUACGUGCCGGGCCAGAGAAUCGAGCCCAGAAUCCGAUAUUCCAACGAGAGCAGACGUUCGCAAAGGGCGAGUCUCUACGUGGAGGAGAACCGAAACGAGCCGGAUCUACUUCACCGAGUGGAGCUCGACUCGCAAGACUAAUUCAAUUGAUCCUGUACAGAGAACCUUAGGAAUAAUCGAGAGACGCGUAGUGCAAUAUAAAACUGUAGAAUUCCACACGCUCGCCGCCGCGGCAUUCGCACAAAUCGGUGCAUUCCAUCCGGACCGGGGUCUGUACCGCGCUUCUUCGUUGGAGGAAAAGAAAAUGUAAACAAACGACCGGAGUCGAAGAGUCCCACCGAGGUCUUCGGUGCGAGUCGGGGCGUCACCACAUACAUUCUAUUAGCUAUUUAUAUUCGCUUCACACGAUAAACGCUUCAUCGCGCCGCGCCACGCCACGGAAAGUCCGCCGCGGAAAUUUGUACUUUUAGUUUGUAUAGAGUCCAGAGUUAACCGGUGUUGUUACAAAGUGUAUAGCUAUUUUUACAACGUAGAAGGCUAAGCUUAAGCUCUUGUAUACUUUCAGAUAUUAGCAUAUUAAUACGUCGACCUAAAAGGAAGGAAGGAGAAAAAACCGUGAUCUUGUGUACCUUCGUCGUGUAGUCUGCUUCAAAAAGAAAAAGCGCACGCUAAUUUCGAAUCUAAACGCACUAGUUGGGACAACAUUCGUUCGAUCGUGUGUAUUGUGAAUCUCCAGAUGUUUUUCGAUGACGAUCCAUCAAAAUCUCGGACAAACCCGCUGUUCUAUUUUGUCUUCUCUCUCUCUCUCUUUUUUUGAAGCAGUCCGUAGUUCGUAAAUUAUUUGUAUAAUCGUUGAUCAAUACGGAUCAUGUUAUUCCAUACGAUCGUGUAAAUACUGCACUUACGUGUACCGAUCGGCAUAGCGUAAUUUAAGGAGACUAAACCACCGAGUUGUAUUAUUAGUGAUUAAUAUUCAGUAAAAAUUACAAGGAUUAUCUCUCGCAAA